AUGGGCCAGUAUUGGGUGAUCGCAAAUGUCGACGCCCGGCAGACAACAUCGGGUGCUGGUGGGAAACUGGGAGAGUCCUUCUGGACUUCGAAGACGAAUCUCACGGAGCUGCUCAUGAAACACUGGUCAGGAGAUAUUGACUUUUCGAAUAUCUGGGCAGACAAAGAGAUCGCUGUCUUAGAGAGCGCAAAGCCAUCACCCACGUCAAGGAUAGUCCGCCUUCCGAACGAGCUACUUCGUAUGAUAUUCGACGCGAUUAACGACCUAAUGUCCUGCAUCUUUCUGUGCGUCACACACAACAUCCUAGGUGUCGCUGGAGAAGCCCGUCUCCGCGAGCUCGCCGUCCCCGAGCCUGGUCCCUGGGCGGGCCACCGCAUUCUAUGUGUCGGAGACUACUGUAGGAAAUUUCCUGCGAGCGUUGAAGAAGAAAUAUCAGCACAGGCCGCGACCUACACCUACUUAGUCUACGGAGAGGAUUCAGACGCCUCCGACACCCAAGAGGAGGAUGCUUCAUUUUACGAGUGCGUCUCUGAGACUUACAAGUCCGUCAGGCCUUCGGACCGGUGGCCUCUCAAACUCUCUAAAGCUCAGUAUAAAUUAUUGUCCCGGCUCCUGUCCUCAGCGGACCGCAAAAGGGUAAACACCGUUUUCAUGGCGAUCCGUAAUGCCGAUAUUAGACUCGACAUCUAUGCAAAAGACUUGGUGCUCUGCAACCUAUCAAAGGGAGAGUAUGUAAGGAACGAUGCGUGCGUGGGACCCAACACAGACGAUAGCAACGACAGCUCGGAGGUAGACACGUACCUGGACCUUGGCCUGGUUCUCUUCUCCCGCAUCUGUUGGUCCACAACCAGCCAUUGCUCUAUGCCAGAGAACAUAUCAGAUCGGCUUACGACGGGAACGUGGGCCGGCGACCGCUUCGAGAUCAUUCCUAGGGAGAAGAUGGGGCGCGACAUCGAGUGGAAGGACAUCACAGAGGAAGCUAUAGCUUGGCUCCAUGAGAUUUUCGAAAGCGAGCAUCAGUAGGCAAAUAGUCUGUAAAUCUAGGCAUAUACAGCUGCAGCUCGUAGAAUACCUAUACGCGUAUGCUUAUAGAAAGAGGCCUCGACCUCUACCAGCUACCUAUUCACAAGACAGUUACUAGAUUACAUACGCUGCAUUGAUACGGCACAUCUCAAGGUCCGCACGAAAUAGCUCACUUCCCAGUCUCGAUACACCAAGUACGUACUGCACAGUCUUCCUAUGGCUGCUCCCAUGCCUUCUCGACUCACUUCCCUCGAGAAGAGCUAUCGUGCUGCAGAGAAUUGCAGGUAACUAUGUUAAUGGCGCGGUCUCCAACACACGGCCACCUGUAAGAUUCGCCGACGCGAACAAAUGUGUAUGUCGUUCAGGGUGGUGUUCACAUCCUGCGAGACGUUGCACAAAACCCAGGGCCAGCAUGUUGGGUUAAUAUUAGUGUCACAAGCUGGCCCCACCCCCACCUCUUCCAGUCGAAGGGUGUUGCGCCCCCGUUACGCAAUUCCCUGGACUACACACGCGUGUCUCUUCAUCGCGGACUGUCGAAGACGUCUGGAUCUCUGUGAUUAGAAGCUUGUCGUUUCCGAGAAUGGACCGGGUAAGCUACAGCCCGUAGCCUGCGCGCAAUGUACUGAAACAAAUAUGAGCACAAGAGUGUCAGGACGAAGGCCCGGGCUGUCGCAUCUUUCGGCUUGGAAUUCGCCAAAAUAUCAUUUGACGAAACUCUAUUGCUAGGCAUAUCGAACUCCAACGGUGAGUCGUCAUACAAUACAUACCUCAAGGCUUCAGUUGCCAGUUGCCAGUGGCAAGUUGCAACUUAAGCCUUGACCGUGGUUCCAAAA